CUUUUCUUCUCCUCUCUCUCAAUUUCUUUUGUCGGUUUUAAAUUCAUUUCAUUUUAUUAUAAAUUCGCUACCGUUUUUUUCUGUCACCGGAGCUCCUUCUUCCAGAUCGUGCUUGAUGUCCCGGAUAUGAUUUUUUAGUUCCAAAUCUUGAAUCUUUUGAUUGGAUAAGAAAUGAGGAAGCUUAGUAUUAGAGACUCCUUGAAAUCUUUCUUUGAGCCUCAUCUUCAUCCUGAUAAUGGUGAAUCACUCAAAGGAACAAAAACUGAAAUUGAUGAGAAAGUGAAGAAAAUCUUGGGAAUUGUUGAGAGUGGAGAUAUUGAGGAAGAUGAAUCCAAAAGACUAGUGGUUGCUGAGUUAGUGAAAGACUUCUACAAAGAGUAUGAGUCUUUGUAUCACCAAUACGAUGAUCUAACGGGUGAGAUCAGGAAAAAAGUACAUGGAAAAGGAGAGAACGAUAGCUCUUCUUCUUCGAGCUCAGAUUCGGAUUCAGAUAAGAAGAGCAAGAGAAACGGGCGGGGUGAGAAUGAGAUAGAGUUGUUAAAGAAACAGAUGGAAGAUGCAAAUCUUGAAAUUGCUGAUCUCAAAAUGAAGUUAGCAACAACUGAUGAACACAAAGAAGCUGUUGAAUCAGAGCACCAGGAGAUUUUGAAGAAGUUAAAGGAAUCAGAUGAGAUUUGUGGGAAUUUGAGAGUUGAAACUGAGAAGUUAACAAGUGAGAACAAAGAACUGAAUGAGAAACUUGAAGUUGCUGGUGAGACGGAAUCUGAUCUGAAUCAGAAGCUAGAAGAUGUGAAGAAAGAGAGAGAUGGUUUGGAAGCAGAGCUUGCGAGUAAGGCUAAAGAUCACGAGAGUACACUGGAAGAAGUUAACCGUCUGCAAGGGCAAAAGAACGAAACCGAAGCAGAACUCGAGAGAGAGAAGCAAGAGAAACCAGCGUUACUGAAUCAGAUAAACGAUGUGCAGAAAGCAUUGUUAGAGCAAGAAGCUGCUUACAAUACGCUGAGCCAAGAACACAAACAGAUCAACGGUUUGUUCGAAGAACGAGAAGCAACAAUCAAGAAGCUAACAGAUGAUUACAAACAAGCCCGAGAGAUGUUGGAGGAGUACAUGUCAAAGAUGGAGGAGACAGAGAGGAGAAUGCAAGAGACCGGUAAAGAUGUUGCAUCCAGGGAAUCUGCGAUUGUAGAUCUUGAAGAGACGGUAGAGAGUCUACGUAAUGAAGUGGAGAGGAAAGGAGAUGAGAUAGAGAGUUUGAUGGAGAAGAUGAGUAACAUCGAGGUUAAACUCCGUUUGUCUAACCAGAAACUGAGAGUAACCGAACAAGUGUUGACAGAGAAAGAAGGAGAGUUAAAGAGAAUAGAAGCUAAGCAUUUAGAGGAACAAGCAUUGCUCGAGGAGAAGAUCGCAACAACCCACGAAACAUAUCGAGGUUUGAUCAAAGAGAUAUCAGAGAGAGUGGAUUCAACAAUACUAAACCGGUUCCAAUCCUUGUCUGAAAAACUUGAAGAGAAGCACAAAAGCUACGAGAAAACAGUGGUUGAAGCGACGAAGAUGCUCUUGACGGCGAAGAAGUGUGUGGUAGAGAUGAAGAAGGAGAAAGACGAGAUGGCGAAGGAGAAGGAAGAGGUGGAGAAGAAGCUUGAAGGUCAAGUAAGAGAAGAGGAGAAAGAGAAGGAGAAGUUGAAGGAGACAUUGUUGGGAUUAGGAGAAGAGAAGAGAGAAGCGAUAAGACAGUUAUGUAUAUGGAUCGAACACCAUAGAGACCGUUGUGAGUAUCUUGAAGAGGUUUUGUCGAAAAUGGUCGUGGCAAGAGGACAAAGAAGGUCACAACGAGCUUAAAAGUGACUUAAACUCUUCUCAAAACUGUAAGUUAGAGCUUAGCUGUGUUUAUUUUGUGAUUGGUGUUUGUGUUUUGUUUUUCUAAGUCAGAAGAAUUAUUUUGUUGGGGUGAAGUGUGAUGAUUGUUUUGUAGUUGUAAGAUCAUAAAGAUGGAUUUGGACUCAUCAUUGUUGUUAUAAUGUUUUCUAAGAUAUAUAUUUAUAUAGAAUGCAAUUUUCAUUUCAAAAACAA